UAGAUCGUCCUGGCGCAGCCAGUGCCCGCGCGUCUUCCGCGAUCGUCGGACCACGCGUACGAAAAUCGGGAAGGUCUUCUUCGUCGCGUGUCCGUGAGCACCUAACUGCUGCCGGAUGUUCUAUCUGCAAAAACCUGUCUCUUGGUCUUCGAUCGACAUUCCAGUUCGCCGAUGAUUUAUCGGAUUUCACAAUCCUUCGAUCAAGCACAAGCUGUUCGCUCGUGGAUUACCCGAGUGUGACAGGCGAUCCUCGAAGUGCCUUGCAGCCGCCCUUAUUUAUUUAAUCGGGAAGCACUCGACUGCUGGCGUUGCGUCGUCGCUGAGAGGAUAACCGAAUGCUAAACAUUGUUCUAAGGGACGCGAACACAUCGGGAACGCUUCGGGGACAGCUCGCUCUUGAAUCGCUUUUCCGAGCGAAAGGCUGGGAAGAGCGAACGACAGAAAACUCGAUCAGCCGACACGUAGCAGGAACUUUGUAGAGGAUCGAAGGGAAUUUUGUGAUCAAACUGUAGCGUGGCAGAUCGAACGCGAGUGGUGAAACAGUUGUUGAAUCCAAGAAGGUGGUAGAACUUUAAUGAAAGUUUGGUGAUCGGUAAUCGGUGCAGCAUGACGUUCAGGCCGAGGUAACGCCGGGUUAUGCCUACCAGGACGGAUAUUCGCGGUGAUCACAUUAGACGAGGACGAUAAAGAGCUGCUGAACUAGUCUAUUAGAUCGAAUAAACGCGUUUCGAUGGGAAUUGUACGUCGAUUAUUCGGUAUUUACGGAGGAAGGACUGGUUUGCCGUGAAUUUUGCAGAUACUUUAGAGGAGCGGAAGCUUCUUCAACGACCCGUGGAUGAAGAUCCGACUAAAGACUCGGAAAGCCGAUCGGGAAGCAUGCUACGCAGGACGAGCGUCGUGAACGAGAUGAUCGAAUGAGACGCGAGUGUUUGUUCUUGACGGCAACAGCAGGGACGUUAACGAUGAGACUGACGGACCAGUGAAGUGUGCAUACGGACUCGUCGCCACGAGAGAAGUGACUGUUCGACGACGUUCCAUAGACAGAGAAACAUGUGCAAGCAAUGACGGUUUUUUAAUGGGGAUUCUCAUCGAUGCGUGUCACGGCCCGAAAAUGUGCGGUUCUAUGUUGAAGUGUAUGUGAAAACGAUCUAGUUUCGUGUGUAUAUAUAUAUAUCUGUUGUUCGGAAGCAUUGUAUUUUGUCUUGCGACGGAGUACGCAAGAAUGAUGUCAUAGUCAGGUGCGAGCUGAAGUCACGUCGAACACAAUGGCACUGUUGUUCGCCAUCAUUGUCGUCUUGGUUACCACUGCCAUGUCGCUGCCACCGGUUAUCAGAAUUGGGGCAAUCUUUACGGAGGAUCAGAAGGACAGUCCAUCCGAGCUGGCAUUCAAAUACGCCAUCUACAAAAUUAACAAGGACAAAUCCUUGCUGGCGAACACAACGUUAGUGUAUGAUAUUCAAUACGUGCCAAAAGAUGACUCCUUCAGAACAUCAAAGAAAGCCUGCAAGCAACUAUCCAGGUCGGUCCAAGGGAUUUUUGGACCAUCUGAUCCUCUUCUGGGCGCCCACAUACAGAGUAUAUGCGAGGCACUGGAUGUACCACAUCUAGAAGCCAGGGUCGACUUCGAACCGACGUUUAAGGAGUUUAGUAUAAACCUCUAUCCCUCGCAGGACCACUUGAACAAGGCAUUCAAAGAUCUCAUGUCCUUCCUAAACUGGACCAGAGUCGCCAUCAUCUACGAGGAAGACUACGGAUUGUUUAAGCUGCAGGAUCUCGUGAAAUCACCUCCCUCCACAAGAACUGAGAUGUACAUUCGCCAGGCAGGACCUGGAUCCUAUAGGCAGGUUCUUCGAGAAGUAAGACACAAGGAGAUUUACAAAUUGAUCGUCGAUACGGAUCCAGCGCACAUGCAACAAUUUUUUCGAGCGAUACUCCAGUUACAGAUGAACGAUUACAGAUAUCACUACAUGUUCACCACAUUCGACAUCGAAACGUUCGAUCUCGAGGAUUUCAAGUACAACAGCGUGAACAUGACUGCGUUCCGUCUGGUGGAUCUCGAAGAGCCAAAGGUGGCUGAAGUUCUCCGGCAGAUGGAACGCUUCCAGCCGAUUGGUCCAGCGAUCCUCAACAAAACCGGAGUUAUCCAGGCAGAACCAGCUUUGGUGUACGACAGUGUGCAUGUUUUUGCGCACGGUUUGGCAGCGUUGGAUCGCAGCCAUGAUUUGCGGCCCGCUAAUUUGUCCUGCGAAAAGGAAGAACCGUGGGAUGACGGCUUGUCUCUCUACAACUACAUUAACUCCGCAGGCUUACACGGCCUAACCGGACAUAUCGAAUUCAACGAAGGGAAACGAAAUAACUUUAAACUAGACCUACUGAAGCUGAAGAAGGAAGAGCUUGUCAAGGUCGGCGAGUGGAAGCCUGGCUCCGGGGUUAACGUGACCGAUGUUGGAGCUUUUUACGAGACCACAGCGACCAAUAUUACCCUGGUGGUUAUGACAAGAGAGGAAAAACCGUACGUCAUGGUAAAGGAAGACAAGAAUCUGACAGGCAACGCAAGGUUCGAGGGGUUCUGCAUCGAUUUGCUCAAGUGGAUCGCCAGCCAGGUCGGCUUCCAAUACGCCAUAAGAUUGGUGCCCGAUCACAUGUACGGAGUCUACGAUCCAGAGACGAAGGAGUGGAAUGGCAUCGUCCGGGAACUCAUGGAAAAGCGAGCGGAUCUAGCCGUUGCGUCUAUGACGAUAAAUUACGCUAGGGAGAGCGUAAUAGAUUUCACCAAGCCAUUCAUGAACCUCGGUAUUGGAAUUCUGUUUAAGGUGCCAUCCAGCCAGCCAACGCGGCUGUUCUCCUUCAUGAACCCGCUGGCCGUCGAGAUCUGGCUGUACGUGCUGGCCGCGUACAUGCUGGUAAGCUUCACCCUGUUCGUUAUGGCCCGAUUCAGCCCGUACGAGUGGAACAAUCCGCACCCGUGUCUGGCGGAGAGCGACGUCGUCGAAAACCAGUUUAGCGUCAGCAACAGUUUCUGGUUUAUCACUGGCACAUUCCUCCGCCAGGGCAGCGGGCUCAAUCCCAAGGUUUCCGGGCGAAUGCCGUCCAGGCUGUUCUCAUUCAUGAAUCCCCUCGCUGUGGAGAUCUGGUUAUCUAUGCUGGGCGCUUACGUGAUGGUCUCCUUGACAAUUUGGAUAGUUGCGAGGUUCUCCCCUUACGAGUGGGUCGAACCCAGAGCUUGUCCCAGCUGCAAAUGUCCCCUACAGGGUGGUCACGUGAGCGCCUUGGAUCCCGACAGCGACGACAUUCCCCUGCUGAGAACCGUGAACGAGUUCACUCUGGCCAACAGCUUCUGGUUUAUGGUCGGGACUCUUAUGCAACAGGGAAGCGACCUAAACCCCAAGGCAACUAGCACAAGAAUAGUGGGCGGAAUCUGGUGGUUCUUCACGCUGAUCAUCAUCUCCUCCUACACGGCGAACCUAGCUGCGUUUUUAACCGUCGAGAGAAUGAUAACGCCCAUCGAAAACGCGGCGGAUCUCGCAGAACAAACCGAAAUCUCUUAUGGUACUUUGGAAGGUGGCAGCACGAUGACGUUCUUUAGAGAUUCGAAGAUUGGGAUUUACCAGAAGAUGUGGAGGUUUAUGGAAUCGAAGUCGCCAUCGGUGUUUGUGAAGAGCUACGAAGACGGGGUGAAGAGGGUGUUGGAGGGUGACUACGCCUUCCUGAUGGAAUCCACCAUGCUCGAUUAUGCGGUACAACGGGAUUGCAAUCUCACGCAAAUCGGUGGCCUGUUGGACAGCAAAGGCUACGGGAUUGCUACCCCGAAAGGUUCUCCAUGGAGGGAUAAAAUAUCAUUAGCGAUCCUGGAGCUACAGGAAAAAGGCGUAAUACAGAUCCUGUACGAUAAGUGGUGGAAAAAUACCGGAGACGUGUGCAACAGAGACGAGAAGAGCAAAGAGAGCAAAGCUAAUGCCCUGGGCGUCGAAAAUAUCGGUGGUGUCUUUGUUGUGCUGCUUUGCGGGCUGGCGUUAGCGAUCCUCGUGGCGAUCCUCGAGUUCUGCUGGAAUUCCAAAAAGAACGUCCAAUCGGAGAGGUCCUUGUGCGCCGAGAUGGUCUCGGAAUUGCGGUUCGCCGUGCGCUGCGGCUCCAGACAGAGGCCGGCCGCGAAGGCGCGCAAUUCCGACGCCGCGGUGCCGUGCGGCCGGUGCAGCCCACGGGCCAGCAGAAGAAGAACGCGAUAUUGCUCCACGGGACACGAGGAGACCACCUACAUACCGAGCAUCGAGAUACCGCGGUUAAAUGCAGGAGGGUGGUGCGUUGUCGAUGACGGAGAUGAAGAAAUCAUUGAGCUUCGAUCAAGUGGGAGCGGCCCGUGGCGGGAACACCUAGCACAGGCCUCAUCCUCAUCUUCAUCCUCAGCAGCAGUCGCAGCAACAACAGCAGCAGCAACCACCACCACCACCACCGUGCAAAGCCACACCCACGCACACGCGUCACAUACACUGCCACUCACAUUCACACAGCCACAGUUACAGUCAUACGCACAAGCACCAACCACACCCACCGAGACAGAGGCGGGACUCUUCAAGCAUCGUCACGGGUCAAGGAGGUGACCACCCUGAGAGUAUUCUCUGGAGAUUCGACUGCGAUCUGGCGGGUGAGCCAGACGUGGUGAUAUCGCCGCCGCCACCGCCGCC